GCAAGACCGUGUUUUUCAAGCUCAGUCGUUUGGAAGCGCGCGUAUGAUAAAGUUGUGUUGUGUUUAACGUGAUAAACUGAACGAACGAAAGCUAGAUAUAAAUCGCCAUCAAUGAAAUUGAGAAAUUGUCCAUAACAGUAAACAAUAUUUGAAUUUGAGAGUAGAGCCACAACCGAUUAGAGUCGAGCAGAGCAGAGCAGAGAGUGUGUGUGUGUGAUAAAGCAUUGGAAAAGAAGAAGUAGUGAUUAAAAUAAAAAUACAAUUCUACCAAACUCAAUUCAUGUAACAAAAAAAAAAGAAAUUUGAAUAAAAUAAUACAAAAAAAUAGUGUUGGAAAAAGAAAAAAAUAACAAGAAAACCUCGAAUUGAGAAAAAAGAGAGUUAAUUAAUAAAAAAAGAACAGCAACAAAAAAUAAAAGUAUCUAAAUUGCAGGCUGCAGAAAAUAUUUAAAAAAAAUCUUGUGUAAAAAAAAUUCAAAUAAUACCUCAAAUAAAGAGAAGAGAAAAAAAUAUCUUUGAAAAAGUAACCCAUUUUUGAAGUGUCACUAAUUAAAAUCAUUUGAGAUUUGUUUGUUCUUUUCAUUUUGUUUUGUUCUGAUAUUUGGUGUCAUAAACAACAAGCGACAAAAAAAAAAAGAAAAAAAAAAAAAAAAACAAAAUAAAAUCAACGACGACAAUUCAUCAUUAGCAUUUGUUUCGUGUAAUAAAACAUCAGUAGCUGAAAUAUUAUUAACAAAUACUACAACUUCUACAACAACAACAAAAACAACAUUAAUAUCAACAACAAUAAAAAGCAUCACCAUGCGACUGGAUACAAAUUCAAAUGAAGAUUUCAAGCCGUUGGGUUCAACAUUUUGUUUAAUUAAACCAGAAACUUUACCCACCUGGGGUGGUUCAGCCAAAACAGACACAAGACUGCCAAUAACUGAUUAUUCCACAAUAGGAGGCCCGCGUCACAACUGCAGUCCCUUUCCCAUAUCCCGUGAUGUCAAUAAUCGUUUUAUCCUCUGGGACGGUGAUAUCGCCUCUCUAGAUGUGGACGUCAUAACCAAUACAACCGAUGAGACUUUAACCGAAAGCAAUAUUGUAUCGGAUCGUAUUCUAAGUGUAGCCGGUAAUCAAUUGAAAGAAGAUUUAGCUCACAAUGUAAGAGAAUGUCGUACCGGUGAAGUACGAGUCACGAAGGGUUACAACUUACCCGCCAAAUAUAUUCUACACACAGUGGGGCCGUCAUUUAAAGAAAAAUUCAAAACUGCUGCUGAAAAUACUUUACAUUGUUGUUAUAGAAAUGUUUUAUGCAAAGCCAAAGAACUGAAUUUACGAACAAUUGCCGUUUGCAAUAUUAGCACCAAUCAGAAAUCUUUUCCAGCUGAUUUAGCCGCUCACAUUGCUCUAAGAACAAUUCGUCGUUUUUUGGACAAAUUUACAACACAAGUGGUGAUAUUCUGUGUUAGUCCCCACGAACGGGGCAUCUAUGAGGUGCUGGCACCUUUGUACUUCCCUCGCGACAACCUGGAGGAACGUAGCGCCUUAUGGCAGUUGCCCAAGGAUAUUGGCGGUGAAUAUGGAGAGCCUCAGCAUCCGGAUCGUCAAAUACGCAUUAUUCGCAAUCCACAACAUAGUGUUCUGAUGCGUCAUCAUGCUGACGACGAUUCGGAUAAUUGCCCACACGAUUUCGAAGGCGGUGGUUCGGAUCUAGAAUACGGUUUAUCCGAUUUUAAUGGUUUGCAUCUGAACUCGUACAGUGGCGGCAUGCAGGCAGAGAUUCAGGCCGAUUUGGAUCGCCAGCAUUUGUUGGGCGACAGACCACGUAAUGGUGUCUACGAAAGUGUUGUCUCCGACGGCAUUGAGGGCUUGGAACAUCAAGAAAGAUAUGAACGUCUCUUACAUCGUGCUCAAAUCGAAGAUCUAAGCGAGGUAUCCGGCAUCGGUUGUUUAUAUCAGAGCGGCGUUGAUCGUCUGGGCAGACCAGUGAUAGUGUUUUGUGGCAAAUGGUUCCCAGCACACAAUAUCGAUUUGGAAAAGGCCUUAUUAUAUUUGAUAAAACUCUUGGAUCCCAUCGUUAAAGGAGACUAUGUUAUCGCUUACUUCCACACAUUGACCACAACAAAUAAUUAUCCAUCAUUGCAUUGGUUGCGUGAUGUCUACAGUGUAUUGCCUUACAAAUACAAAAAGAAUCUGAAAGCCUUCUAUAUUGUACAUCCCACAUUCUGGACAAAGAUGAUGACCUGGUGGUUCACCACAUUCAUGGCACCAGCCAUUAAAGCCAAAGUACACUCCCUACCAGGCGUUGAACAUCUGUAUUCCGCAAUAACUAAAGAUCAAUUAGAAAUUCCCGCUUAUAUCACAGAAUACGAUAUGGCCACAAAUGGCAUACACUAUUUUACACCGCAAACACAGACGACCACGUCAUAGACUACAAUUAUCAGACCAGAGGCUGUAUAAAUAGCAACCCCAAAUAAAAACGAAAACUAACAACAACAACAACAAAACUUAACAACUUAACAAGUAAUCCUUCCACAAAUAUUAGAAAGAAAAGAAAAUAAAAUACAAAGAAGCCUUUUUCCGUCAACCUUGUGGUCCUUUUUGAGAAGAAAGUCCUUGUGCCCAAGCCAACAACCGAAAGAAGAACCCUACACAACAGAAACACUGAAAAAAAAAAACACAGCCAAGUCCUCCUCAUACUCUUAUCCAAAUAUUACUGGUGUGCGAGAACAUCAUUAUGUCAGUCAAAAAAAAAAAAGUUGUAAAAGAAGAAGAACAACAACCGCAGUCUCUGUCUAUAGAAAGUGUUAUGCAAUAAGAAACAAAAAGAAGAAGAAGAAGAAGAAGAAGAAAAAAAUAUACUGUAAACCCACAAUCUCCCAUUCCCUCCCCCCAUUUUACCGACCCAUGCUAAUGAUGAAGAUUGAAGUAAGAUAUACCUACCUAUUAUACACAACAACAACAUAAACAAUAAUAACAACACCAGCAACAUAUUAUAUACAAAUAAAAACAUACAUACUUACAAGCCGUUACAUACCAACUAUAUAUAUAUAUACAACAAAAAAUACAUUGAAAAGCUGAAGCAAAACUAACUGGCCACCACAUUUCAAAUAUUCAAAUCGGAAUGUUGCUGGCAAAGAAAACCAAAAGUUGCGAGAGAAAGAAAAAGGAAGCAGACAAACAGGAAAAUGCCGACAACAAUCCUCAACUAAAACUAAACAUUUAAAUUUUAGCAUUACCCAAACUAUAAACAUUAACACACACAAACACACACACACACACACAUACAUGCAUAUACACAAAUAUAUAUAUAUUGUAAAGUAGAGUUUGGGACGGACGUUAUUAUAUAUAAUAAAAACAAAAACCAAGAAAACAAAAAAUAGAAAGUUGAACAAAACUUGAAAAGAAAACCAAAUGUUGAACUAAAAAUGAUGUACCUUUAUAUGAAAAAUAAAAAAAAACAACAACAACCAUUUAGAAACAAAACUCCACAUUAUUAUUAUUAUUAUUAUAUUAUAUUAUUAUAUAUUGUUAUAAAUCAUACAAAACAAAAACCUUAUAAAACAAAACACAUUUAACAUUUUCAAAAGAAAAGAAAACAAAAAAACCAACGCUAAUAUUUAAUUUAGAAACGUUAGUUAUUAAAAAAAAAUAAUAAAACAAAUAACUUUUUUUGAUGAUAAUGUAACGAAAAGCAAAGAACUAAGUGAAAAUCAUCAAAUAAAUUAAAUGAAACAAAAAAAACAAAUUGUUGUAGUCCUUAAUAAAAGAAACCGAAAAGAAAAAGAAACAAAACAUUAAAAAAACUAAACCAAAAAAAAAGUAUAAUUCUUGAUUUUUUAUUUAUUUUCUUUUAUUUUGAGUUUGCUCAAUAGGUUUGAAUAUUUUUUUUUCGAAAUUUCAAUAUCUUUGAUUUAAGUACAAUUACACAAUUUCCAGACAAAAACACGAUUACAUUUGUUGCAUUUCUAUACCCUCCACAAUAGUAUGGAGGGUAUAUUAAGUUUAUUAUUCCGUUUGUAACACCUCGAAAUAUACAUUUUACACCCCACAAAGUAUAUAUAUAUAUUCUUUAUCAGCAUAAAAUUCUAUGUCGAUUUAGCGAUGUCCGUCCGUCUGUCCCUCUGUGGAAAUAACACUAGCUUUCAAACGAAAUGAAGUAGAUUGAUUGAAUUUUACUCAAAUGUAUAUAUUUUAUCUGCAGGACUUUUGGUAUUGAAAAUAGGCCAUGUAGGUCAACGUUUUGGUAUAGCCCCCAUAUAACGGUAUCUCCCGAUAUUCGGUAUUUUUAUGAUUUUAGCGACAUUAUUCACCGGAGUUGUUUCAAACUUGUUAUUGGAAGUUCAGAAUGAAUACUACAGCCUAAAACAGAAAAUUCUCUGUGUAGAUCCACGUCUUCCCACAUAUAACGGUAACUCCCGAUACUAUUCAUACUAUUCACUUCACUACUAUUCACCGGAAUUGUUUCAAAUUUGGUAUUUCAUGUUCGUAAUGGAUACUACAGCCUAUGACAGGAGAUUGUCUGUGUAGGGUUACGUCUUUGUAUAGCCCCCAUAUAACGGUACCGCCCGAUAUUCGGUAUUUGGAUGAUUUUAGCGACAUUAUUCACCGGAAUUGUUUAAUAUUUAGUAUUUGAAGCUCGUAAUGGAUACUACAGCCUAAGAAAGAAAAUUGUGUAUGCAGGUCCACGCCUUUGUAUAGCCCCCAUAUAACGUCACCUCCCGAUAUUAUUUUUACGAUUUUAAAAGAAUUUUUAACGGAUUUUAUUGUUUUUAAGAAUUGCCAAGUUCGUUCCAAAUGGUUCAUUCCAAAUUGUUCAUAUUAUGUACUACAAAAAUUUACAAAAUCUACAACGGUUAUUAGGUUAUUCAGAUGGAUUUUCCAUAAAAACGUCACUUUCUUUUCCAAAUGAAACUGACGUACUUUACUAAAGUCUCUUCGGAAUUUUCAAAUUUCCUAACCUGACAUUUAUUGGCAUUGAUUAUCGAAGGAAGAAACAGAAAAUUUAAAUUAAAGUGGCAAGGAUAUUACAAAACAGAAAUGGCAAGAGCAGCGGCCAAACCGACAAAAUAUUCAAGUAAAAUAGGCUAAAUAUUUAUCAUGUCGGCAGGAACUAGGUCCCCACUCUGGCUACAUUGGUAUUACACCGUUUAUUAGCGGUCAUACAAUUAAAUCAAAUGAUGCCUAGAUUCUAGAUUGAGGAUUUAUACCGAAGAAAAAGUUUAUAAUGUUAGAGUCGUGUGUAAAUCAAUAUUUCCUUACAGCAUAGCAUACUUUUUGGCGCUUUCAACAAUUUUUAACUAGAAAAAGAAACUACGAUAUAAAAAAGAAACUACAAUAAAAACUAUAUGAUAUACUUAAGCUGUAGAUAUAUUCAUUCGAACUACAGUUCAGAAUUUUUUUUAAUUUUGAAAAUUUUUGUAUUCGCCUAAAAGUAUGCUGUGAAAAUGCUUAAAUAAAAUAAUGACUGUAACAUGAUGUAUAACCAGACUUAGGGGAAUUCUGUGCCCUUUAUAAAACCUCUAUUUUACUCUGGUAUAAUUUCGGUUUGGCUUUUAGACCCUCAGAAGUAUCACUAUAGAAGGGGCACAUAUCAUUUCAAAUUUUAAAAAUGCCUUUCUUGCAGGCACGCUAAUUUUCGAUAGAAGUAUUCAAUUUGGUCUUGACUUUGCACAAGGUAAUAUUUUUGUCAGACUUUAAUCAAGUUCGAGAAUUGUUAUAUGGUGAUAUUUUUAACAGGUCUGGGUUAGGUUCUAGUACCUCCCCCCAAAAGGGUGGAAAUUUUGAAUAAACAUAACUCUUAUAAACUGUGGACUGACUCACCGAUAUCCUUCAAACUCUGGUACCUCUCAAUACGUAUUUUCUGUAGAUGUUUUCGUAAACCAAGGUGAUGUAAAGAAACGUCUCAUAAUCUGCGAAUAUUUUCUUAUUCUUAUCCGUUUUUUACUAAGUUUAUAUUUAUUUCGAGUAGUUGUUAAGUUGUUAAGUAGUUCGGGGUUAAGUCCUAAUAAUUCCCAAACUUCUUUAUUUUACACAGGCCGAAUUACACAUUGUGUUAGAGUCAUAUGUUAAGUGAAUUUUUCAUAUUUUACGUUUUCAUAGCAUACUUUGAGGAGCAUACUUUGAGGAGGAGGAGGCGUCUAAAAGUUUACUAUAAAAAUCCUAUAGAUAAUUGUGUGGAAAAGUCAGUACAUAUGGCUCCAACAUCAAGUGUAAUCUAGUCUUUAGCAUACAUACUUAUUGUAUUUACUCAAAACGUUUACAAGUCGCGAUUUAAUACUGAACUGACUGACUGGUUUCCUACACACUCGUAUUUAUAGUUCAUCGUCUAUAUAUGGAAGUGUAGAGAAAUUCGCAAUCCGAGUCCAUUUAAAUCCAUUCGUCAAUGAUCAUACACUCACAUACAAACAAACCAAUACAUGUAAACAGCAAAGGAGACAGUAAUUAUAAAUACGAGUGAGCGUUUGUUUCUUUCAUAUCGGAUCGGAGCAAUUUUCAACUCAUUAUAUUUUGGGAAAGGGGUUAAAAUCGACAAUUUAUGAAUAUAGAAUGCAAAUAUGAAAAUGUGAAAGUAUAAUAUUUUCGGAUUAGAAUUUGAAUGAAGCGGAUCACCACCACUUUUUUGGGACGUAAAAAUUAAAACCCAUAACAUUUUUGGACAAAAUAACAAAUUUCAAAUGUUAAUAAACAAGCACAGCGAAGGGGGCUUGGAAUAACAAUAUCGAUUCUUUUUUUAUUGUUCAAAAUCGACAUAUCUUAAGAAUUUUCCGAGUUUUUUUUUACAAAUAUCACAGAUAAAUCAACUCCAAUCAAAUACAAGAGUAAUGUCUGGAACUUGUGCGAUCCUCAAAAACUAGUUUCUUAAUUGUCUUCAGUUUCUAAAAUUUUAUAAAAAUAGUUUUUUCUUCUUUUAAUUUUUUGUUAAAUAAAAAAAUCAAAUUAAAUUCUUAUGAAUGAACAACAAAAAAAAAAUAAAUAAAAUUAUGUUCGAAAUUAAAUCUAAAUCUGUAGACCGACCUUAAUUUAGAAAUCUCCCAUAAAGUAAGGAAACAAUACUAAUAGUGCGUUUACAUUAAAUCACGUUUAUCUGAUUUAAACGUGAUUAUUGACCAAUCGCAAUACAUUUAAAUCAUAAUUUCCAUGGCCAAAUUUAUUGCGAUUGGCCAAUAAUUAGGGGUUGAGUCGGAUACAGAUUUUGUAUGUAAACGUACAUUAAGGUCCUGUUUCGGUGUGUCGAUAGACAUAUAAAUGCGAGGGGAAAAGCAUUUCGAAUAUUUUUCAAAAUGUUUGGUUUUAUUUAAACAAUCUUCCUCGACAAUUUUCCUAUCGGCUCUCCGAACCAGAUCAUAUAUUGUGAAAACAACAUUUUAGUAUUAAUUUAGUAAACGUUAUAAAUUUAGUAAGUAAAGUAAAAAAAUAUGAUGAGAAAAAUGAACUAAAAUAAAAAUUUGUUGUUAUUACGUAAAUAAAAAAAAAAAAAUAUAAUUAAAUUAUAAAAAAAGAUCCCCAAAUUGUUACAAAGUAUUUAAUUCCAAAUUUCUAAAACAAAAACCAAAACCAAAAAAAAAAAACUAAUAACAAAAUCGAAACAAGCAUUUCCCUUUAAUAUUUAAUAAAACUAAAAAACUAACUAAUGCCAUAAAAAUAAAAAAAAGAAAUAAACCAAAUCACAUUUAUUUCUAAUUGUAAAUUUUCUCUUCAAAUCAUUUUCCUAACCAAAAAUAAAAACCAACAACUAAACUUCUUUAUACUCUAAAAGCUAAUAACUUAAAAAAAAGAUAAACAAAAAUUGUUAUUAAUAUUUAUAAUUUAAUAUUCACCAAAGAAAUUCGUUUAACAGGCCUAAAAUAUUCUAAAUUAAUGCCAUAUUUUGUUAUUGAAAACUAAUAAAUCCCAACCAAAAAUUGGUUAUUAAAAACAAAAUUAAAACAUUGAUUAUUUAUUUUUUUAAUUUGGUUUUAACAACACACGCAUUUUAAAUGUGUAACGAAAGCUACAAACGCCAGAGGUAAAAGUUAGGUUAAAUUAAACUAAUCAGAUGAUGAAAUAAAUCUGUUUUGCCGACAGUUUUAUUGCCUUGCCUGAGUUAUGAUUAUUCAAACUGUUGACAAUUUAUGGGGGAGGUUCCGAAGCAGUUGGCCAAUAAUGCCCAUUUCGUAUCUGACUUAAAACUGAUAUAAAUAUUACAACGCGCCAGAUUUGGACUAUAUCGACUACUUCCUUUAUAUGAGAUAUGUGCAAAUUUUUGGAAAAAGUAGAAAGAUGCGUGAGGUAACAGAUAACAGCGGACCGAAGUAUUCCAUUUUCAUACUUUAUCUAAUACAGAAAAAAUAUUAGAAUGUGCAAAAUUUGAAGGAAAUCGAACAUUUUAUGCGAAAUCAUAAAUUUCGAUAAAUUACAUAUUCAUAUCAGAUUUCUGGUUAUAUGAAAACUUUAGAUAUAGCAAGUUGUAAGGAAUCGCCGACUUGUUUCGCUACUUAUGACAGAUAAAAGUAUUUAAAAUUGUGACUCUUUGUGGAUUAGGGACCAAAAGGGGUUUGCAGAUAAAUAUAAUCUUCACAAUCUUCAGAUCCUGCGUUAGAAAAAUUCGAAGAGAGUUGGAUGCUUAUUUCGCUUUCUUUGAGCGUUUACUUUCUCAAAAUCUUGAACCCUAUGUGGGCAAGGUACUUGAAGGAGUGAUCCGAUCUCUACCAUCUUUAUAACAUAUCUUGUUUUGAUGGAAAUAUUGAGAUGUGCCAAGUCUGAAUGGAAUCGGAUGUUUAUUUCAUGUAUUAUGGAUUUAAUGAAUAUUCAAAAUUUUGACCCUAUAUGGGGAAGUACCAGAAGUGAAGUGGGCCGAUAUAUGCCAUCAUCACACUAGACUUUGGGUUAAUAAAAAUAUUAUAAUUUGUGUAAUUUGAAGAGAACCGGAUGCUUAUUUCGGAUUUCAUUCUCGUUUUGGUUAUUCAAAUCUAUGUCCCUUUGUGGAGGAUCUCUACCAUCAUUUUUACAGAUCUUGUAUUGAUAGAAAUAUUGAGAUGUGCUAAGUCUAAUAGUUUUAUGAGCUUCAUGAAUAUUCAAAAUUUUGACCCUUUGUGGGGAAGGUACCAGAAGGAGUGAACCGAUAUGUUCCAUCUUCACACCAGACCUUGGGUUAAUAUAAAUAUUGUGAUAUAUGUAAUUUGAAUGACAAUCGAACACUUACAUCACAUUUUAUAAGAAUUAUAAUUAUUCAACAUUUUGACUCUUUAUGGGGGAUAUACUGCAUGGAGUGGACCGAUAUUGUCCAUUUUGGCACCUGACCUAUCACUGAUGUAAAUAUUAGGAUUUGCAAAGUUGGAGCAAAAUCGGAUUAUCCAUUCUCUUUCUGUGCAGUAAAUUAUGUUCUUUGAAAGUGUUGACAUUUUGUGGGGGAGGUACCACAAGGAGUGGACCGAUAUUGCCCAUCUCCGAACUCGAUCUAAGUUUGACAAAAAUAUUACGAUGUACAAAGUUUGGGUCAAAUCGGAUACUCCCUUCGAGAGUAAUCGUGCGUACCAGCAAGACAGACAGACAAACAGACGAACGGACAUCGCUAGAUCGACUCCAAAUGUACCGAAACGAAAUCUGGUCCAAAGAGACCUAGGGUCUAAAACCAUUAUUUUAGAUGAGGCACGUUUUGGCCGUAUCAAAUGAUAUAUAUCCUAUCUAGUCAUAUGGCUGAGGGUAUAAUUAAGUUAAUUUGGUAUAUCAGGUUCCCAGAGGUCUCCUUGUUACGCUCCUUGAAUAAUAUUGCCAAUAAAGGCCCACACUGUUUGAAGUAGCCCCCAGAUUUGGGUACCUCCUGAUUAUAGGCAUUUCAUAUGUAAUUUCCACUAUUUCCAGUCGGAUUUACUAUAUUUUGGCAAUUUGGGUUUUUUGUUGGAGGAAUGCCUUACAAUAAAAUGAAUAUUGGCCCAUUGUUUCAAUAAAUCUGUCAUAAGCUUCGAAUAGCUACAACUAUCAAUUUAUGGGUCACAUUUUGAGGCGAAGUGGUUGUUAAGUAGUGAUAUUUUGAAGACAUUUUUACAACAAUUUGAAGGGUGUUUUUUUCUGACAAAAAUGGGGCAUGACAAAACUUAACGCCAUCUUUAUUUGUUCUUUUAAGGGGCAGUGAUUGCGAUAUUUCUAGUUUUUGAACAAUGUUAUACAAUGUUUUGAAAUAGUCUCCAGAUAUUGAUAUACCGAAAGUUUUCACAAUAUUCUUCAAUGAAAUUGGUUAUAAUUUUGGAUAUGUCUUCCUAUUGGAUAGUUUUACUUCAUACGUACACGUUUUGAUCAUUUAUUUAUUUAUUUAUUUUUUGUUUUUUUUUUUUUCAAAUUCAAGAAAGGAUGCUAAUUGCAACUCUUGGUGCAUAUAUGUGCUAAGCACACUUUUAGGCACAAUUAUUAUCGGACUACAAUAUUUAAGGCUAGUUUACACAUCUUCAUUUUGUAUAAACUAUUUUUCUUGCCUAGGGUUGAAGAAAUGUAUUUGGAGUCGCCACAAGUCAGAGACAUUUCAAUUGCUCCAUCAGUAAUUUCCCGGUCAUGUUAUUUCGCGUUUUGGAGUCCAGAAUUGGCCAUCUCGAUCGUAAUGUAGUGGUCCAUCGUUUUGAAAAAUCGGUAUAUGGGCUAGUAUACAAAACUACCCUUAAGGCCCGAUUACACAGGAUGAUGUUAAAACCAUAUAUUUUUUUAAAAUUAAAAGUUACGCUUAAUUAUGUAAACUACAUACUAUAAAAACAAUAGAAUUUUAAUUAUACUAUACUUUUAGUACAUUUAAAUUAAUUUAUACCAUAAAUAAUUCAGAUAUAGUCUAAAUGCAUGAUAUAAAAAUGCAAAAUAUAUCUAUCCAGAUAAUGCCGCUUUGCAUAUGACUUUAACAUAAUGUGUAAUGUGGCCUUAUUUAAAUCACGGUUUUUUGUAGCCACUUAGUCUGCUUUCUACCUCUGGUGUUCGUAGCUAAUUACCAAAUAAUUUGUACCCUAAAAGAAAUCAUUCAAAUAAUUGCACAAACUACUACUCUUUCUAAAUAAUAAUUGGAAAUCUUCCUAUAAAUAUUUAAUCUCACUCACAAAUAAAAAACGUAAAGCACCAGUUUUAUAAAAAUGAAAAACAAAAUGCUAAAGAAACCAAAAUUGAUAAUAAUUAUAAAUGCCUAAAUUUUGAAAUAAACCAAAUAUUGACUGCUAUAAAUGCACCCUCUAAAGCCUGAUAGAAAUUAAUAACAACAAGAAAUAGUAAUGUACAAAACUGAAUUUUUGGCCACAUAAUAACCACAAAAGAAAAACAAAAGUUAGAUCUCAUAUUGAAAAUGUGUAGGCAGUGAAAAACACUUCUUUAAUAUUAAAGAACUUUUUUUGUAAACUUUAUCGAACAUAAAAGCUAUAAUUAUGCUUUAUAGAUAAUUUUCAUUAAUCUGUCUUUUUUUGACCCAAUUUUUAUUUAAACACUAUGUAUUUAUGCAUUCGUCCGGUGAGAGAAUUUAUUGAAGCUUUUUUACCUUGCCAAAGGUUGGAAGAGGUUAAGGUUUGACUUUUUUAGAAUUUGGAGACAAUAACGCCACCUUAAAAUUCUUUACUUCCCAGACCAUUUUCUAUGUCCUACAUACGGGGAUUCUACUGACUAUAAAUUUCCACAUAGCUUUAGGGGAUAUUCUCCUAUUAUAAACCUGUAGACAGUAAAUAGCGAUCUACGAGAUAUAGAGUCCCUAUAAUGUCCAUAAAAUUCCUUAAAGAUUUUUAUUGUCCUUAAAACUUUCUAUUGCCUACAGAAGUCGAACUAGCAAAUAUGUUUAAAAAUCUCAUUUAAGGCGGAAAAGGUCUUGAAAUAAUGUAUUUAUAAAAAAAAUCUUCGUUUGAAAAAUAUAUUUAAAAACAAAUAUUUUUACAAAAUUCACAUAUUUGGUUUUGAAAUCAUUUAAAAAAAUAAUUUUAAAAACCACGAUUAUAGCUCUGAAAGAUCUUUAAAAAUAUAUUUAAAAAUUCCUGCAAUCAUGACUUUUUUCUGAGAGCUUUUGAAAAUAUAUUUCCAACAUAUUGACCAACAGCGGCUCCAAAAUGUCUUGAAAUAUAAUUAAAAAAAAUACACUAUUGUAAAAAA